AGACCGCGCAUGCGUACAACAUCAUAAACACUCCGGAAUGUUUUGCUUUAGGAGGUCAUAUGCUAAUUUUUUGUAAAACAUUUGCAAGAAUAUUCCAGUUCAGGAGCUGUGUGUGAACUUAAAGUGAUUAAGGCUAAACUUUGAGAAAGACCUGAACGUUUCGGGACAGACCUGACGCCAAUGAAAGGAGUUUAUUAGAAUGAGAGCUUGCUUUACUGGCAGUGACAGCUCUUCGAAGAUCAUGGUGAUCAGCUCUUCGCAGAUCAUGGCAAGAGAACCCUGAUCCUCAGGUGGAUGUGCCGAACAUGGAAGAUGGAACUAUUGCUACAGCUGUUGAUCCAUCUGCUAUUACAGCGAUACAUUCAGCAACCACUUUUUCUACUGAACAGCCAAUAAAGUACGUGUUCAAAACGGAAGCAAAUGCUGGACAGGUGACCUAUCGAGUGAUCCAUGUGGCUGAAGGGCAGAUGGAGGCUCAGUCAGAUGGAGCUGCAGCUGUUAGCGUUGUUACUGGCCUCCCUGCAGCGACGCAGACUGGGACACCAGCUGUAACUAGGGCUGUGUACUCUCAGGCUGAGGGUCUGGAGGCGGAGGCCACUGAGGGUCACUACUAUUAUCCGUCCACUGUCAGUGACACUUCACCAGCCACUAUAGUAACCAACCUUCAUACAGCGGAUUCGCUGCUCACGCAGCCCACGUCAGCAGGCCAACUCUAUGUGAUGAUGUCGCCACAGGAUGUGUUAGGCACAGCCAAUCAAAGUAAGGCAGAGGCACCUUGCACUUCAAGGGAUGACAAGCGGAGAGCGCAGCAUAACGAAGUUGAACGUAGACGCAGGGACAAGAUAAACAACUGGAUUGUCCAGCUGUCAAAAACAAUCCCUGAUUGCACUGUGGACUCGGCCAAAACUAGUCAGAGUAAAGGUGGAAUCCUAUCAAAAGCCUGUGACUAUAUUCAGGAGUUACGCCAAAGCAAUGCCCGAUUAUCAGAGGAUCUGGAAACGCUGGACAGACUGAGGCUGGACAACCAGCUUCUUAGACAGGAGGUGGAAGAAUGGAAAUCUAAGAAUCAGAUGCUUAGAAGCCAGCUACGGCAUCAUGGUAUAGUUGCUGUGUCGAGCAUGGAGCCACAGUGAAGCCCCACCUGUUCUGGACCGGACCUCCUCCCACCACAGCCUCCUAAUGAAUCAAGUUUAAGGAGCCCUGCACCUCAGCACUCUUUAAAGGCUGUCUGACAGAAUGUGAUUGGACUUGACCUUGAGUCUGACUUGACUCAUGGCUGAUGAUGUUGAAUAAGGCUAUGAAUUAUAGAUAAGAUAUUUGAUUUUAAAUAAGCUUGUAAAAGCGCCAUGUUCCCUGUGAACUCCUUGUAGUAAAUGAUUGAUGGACAUAUCCCACACAGGUCUUUGAACUGCACUAUUUGUUGUUGUUUUGUUUUUUCUUGAGUAAGAGCAAUAGUGUCUACAGAAUCAUUUAUUUUUGUGUCUUACUUGGAAUAGUGUGGAAAUGGGAAGAAAAGCACAUGACUUCUGCUUCAAAACUGAAAUCAUUUGUGCUACUAAAAUGGUCCGAGUUACAGGAAUUAGAGCUGUCCAUUAGCUUAAAAUGGUUCUUUACAUUGAUUGUUUAUUCAGGUAGUUGAAACCCUGUUUUCUAAAUGAUUACAUUUUGUACCGGGUAACAGGGUCAAAUUUCCUUCUUUUUCUUCUUUAAAAAAAAAAAAAAAAAGUUAAAACAAUGGCUUGUGCAUCAUACAAUUCCUACCUGCGUCAGGAAAAUAUGAUCUAAAAUGUAUAGUAGUUCUUUCAGCUGUUUAGUCAUUUGGAAUAGUUUAUUCUCAUAAUUGAAUUUCUCUGUAUUUUGGCAAUACACUGUACAUUGCUAUAUAUUUAGUUAACUUUAGGCAUGUGAGAAGGAAGAAUACAGCCAUUUGUGUAUCUCCAACUUCCCCAUAAUUUUCAGUAGUGUACCAAUGUUAUUUGUACCACAUUUCUUAGAUUUGUAUUAAAUUAAAAGAAAUGUCUAACAGUUUUGUACUGUAUUAAAAUACUAUUUAACCUGUA